GUUCAUUGGUUCAUAAAAAUGCGUCUAUCCAAUGAAAUCAGUCGUAUUAUACAUUUCCAGUAAUGGCCGAAAAGUGAAAAUGGGAGUACAGGUACUGUUUGCUCUGUAUGAGCAUGCCUCGGGGUAUGCGCUAUUCCGAGUCAAGGAGUUUGAGGAGGUGGGCAUGCUAAUUCCCCAAGUUGAACAAAGUGUCACAGACCCAAGUAAAUUCCAGUCCAUUGUCCAGCUGGUAGCAUUUUCUCCUUUCAAAAGUGGAACAAAUGCCCUCGACAAUAUCAACAGUAUUUCUGAAGGCCUUUUGCAUGAAGACCUUAAGCUGUUCCUGGAGACACAUGUCCCCAAAGCAGGAAAGAAGGAGAAAAUUGUUUUAGGAGUAGCAGAUUCAAAAAUUGGGGCCGCCAUUGCAGAGGAGCUAGGAAUAAAGAGCAACCACAUAGGCGUAGUCCCAGAAGUGCUGAGAGGGAUCCGAGUGCACUUUAGUCGAAUGGUGAAAGGAUUGAAUGAGAAGUCCGAGAGUAAAGCCCAGCUUGGUCUGGGUCACAGCUAUUCCAGAGCCAAGGUCAAGUUCAAUGUCAACCGCCAAGACAACAUGAUCAUCCAGAGUAUCAGCUUACUGGAUCAGCUCGACAAAAACAUAAACACAUUCUCCAUGAGGAUCAGGGAAUGGUACUCCUACCACUUUCCAGAAUUGGUGAAGAUUGUAAAUGACAACUACAUGUUUGCCAAAGUUGCCCGUUACAUUGGUAACCGGAAAGAAUUUGAUGAUGACAAGCUGGAAGGUCUAGAGGAAAUAGUCAUGGACAGUGCCAAAGCUUCAGCCAUCUUGGAUGCUUCAAGAUCAUCAAUGGGAAUGGACAUUUCACCUAUCGACUUGUUUAAUAUUGAGACAUUUGCCUCUAAAGUUAUCUCCCUUACCGAGUACCGCAUGGGCCUGGCUCAGUACCUCCACAGUAAGAUGACCCAGGUAGCUCCAAAUCUUGCCACACUGAUUGGUGAACAGGUUGGAGCCCGCCUGAUAGCCCACGCUGGAUCUUUGACAAACCUUGCGAAAUACCCAGCGUCUACAGUACAAAUCCUUGGUGCAGAGAAAGCACUUUUUAGAGCCCUGAAAAGCAAAGGAAACACACCCAAAUAUGGUCUGAUUUUCCACUCCACAUUUAUCGGCCGAGCUGGCACACAAAACAAGGGGCGCAUUUCACGUUAUCUGGCCAACAAAUGUUCCAUCGCUUCAAGAAUUGACUGCUUCUCGGAAUAUCCUACAUCAGUGUUUGGUGACCAUUUGAGACAGCAGGUGGAAGACAGGUUGAAGUUCUACGAGACUGGCGACGCACCAACCAAAAAUAUAGAUGUCAUGAAAAAAGCUGUGGAAGAGGCUGGAGAGGUGCAGAAGAAAUUGGCAAAGAAAGACAAGAAGAAGAAGAAAAAAGAGAAGAAGAGGAAAGCUGAAGGGGAUGAGAGUAUGGCUGAUACAACGAUGGAGGCCGACACAACAGCCGAUAUGGAGGAUGAGGAAACAUCUCCUCCUAAAAAGAAAAAGAAGCGGAAGUCCAAGGGUGAAGAACAGGAGGUUGCCAUGGAUAUGGAUGAAUCAGGAGAUGCUGGUGGCGACGGAAAAACCAAGAAGAAGAAAAAGAAGAAGAAGAAGGACGAUUAGAAGCUGUAAAAGUUUAGCUGUGGCAGGAAGUGUUUUAGAAUACCAAUAUACAGACAAGGAUUUUAAAAUAGCCCUGGUGUUGGUGGCUUUUUGUUGGUUAUAAGGAUACCAGGAAUAAAGUUACAUACUAUGAAUUGUAAAAAAAAAGUGCAGGUGUUAGAGGCAAUUUUUUUUGUAGGUGACAAGGUUACCAGAGAGGCAAUCAAUUCAAUGAAAAUCGUCUAUGUAACUAUAUGCUUCAUGCUCUUUGUAAAUAGUAAAAUCAAGCAACAUUUAUCAUGUGAAGACAUGUAUGCUUCAUAGUUGUUAGGGAUUUCUUUUUUGUGUAAUUGUUUCAUGAUCAGGGAAAAAAAUAUAAGCAUAGCUUGUCUAAAUCAUGUCUCAGCAGGCAGAUAUACCAGGUUAACGUAAACUUUCAAUUGACCAAGAUUAUUUAGAAAUGUAUUUUGGACCAGAUUUGUUUUUCUUGUACUGUACGGUAGAUUUAUGAAGCGACACUUUAAAAUGAUCUCAGUAUUGAUUUGUAUUGUUUUCGAAUUGUUUAAAAGUGUUAAGAUUUUGUAUAACUAUGCUUAUUUCGUUCAAUUUUAACAGGGCAUUAAAAUUUGUCCACAAAAUUUUCAUUGCAUAUGUAUGAAAAUGAUUUACCUUAUGUGUUCAAAUACAGCUGAAAUGUCGAGAUUUAUUUUUGCAUCGUAAAAUUAUUAAAACAUAAUUUAAUGAGACCUGACAGGUUCAUCUGUAAUAAAAUUUUAGAAGCAAAAUAAUGAACAUUAUUAUAACAUGUCUUCUUGAACCAUUUAACCAUUAAACAUUUUAAAAAGUA